CCGCCGGAGCCGCCGCCGGGACCAUGGAGGUCGUGGAGGCCAGCACCCUUCAGCAGGAGAGGCUGCAGGCCAUCGCGGAGAAGCGGAAGCGUCAGACGGAGAUCGAGAACAAAAGGCGGCAGCUCGAGGAUGACAGGCGGCAGCUGCAGCAUCUCAAGUCCAAGGCUCUGCGGGAGAGAUGGCUCCUCGAGGGGGCCCCAGCGUCUGCCUCCGAGGAGGAAGAGGCCAUGAAGAAACAGAUGCAGGAGGAUGAGGUGAAGACCAAGGAGCUGGAGGAAACCAUCCAGAGGCUGGAGAAGGAGCUGGAGACGCUGGAGAACAGCAGCUCAGUGGCUUCCACCAAGGAGAACCUGGCAGAGGCAGCAGCCAAGGAGGAGAAGGCUGAGGCUGUCCCCAACGCGCAGAAGAGUCCCCUGGGCACAGUUAAGGCCGACAAGAGGGUCUCCAGCAGCCCCAUGAAGGCAGUGGAAGGCAGUGACAUGAUGAAGGCGGCCAUGUAUUCGGUGGAGAUCACAGUGGAGAAGGACAGAGUGACUGGGGAGACCAAGGUCCUGUCCAGCACCACCAUGCUCCCCCAGAACCACUGUCUGCAGGGGGUCAAAGUGUACGAGGAUGAGCUGAAAGUGGUGCAUGCGGUGAGUGCUGAGGAUGGGGCCCUGCAGAACGGGGCUCACCCCCUCAGCUCCUCCGAGGUCGAUGAGCUCCUGCACAAGGCGGACGAGGCCACCCUGAGCGAAGCUGCCGGGCGCCAGACCCCAGCCAAGGCUGGCAAAGGGGGUGGCAGCGCCCCGGGCAGCCAGAAGCCAACACCACGGCGGGAGAUCACAGGUCUGCAAGCCAAGGUGCCACCGGGCGAGGGGACAGAGCCCAGCCAGGAGCAACCCGUCACCAUGAUCUUCAUGGGCUACCAGAACGUGGAGGAUGAGAACGAGACCAAGAAGGUGCUGGGGCUGGAGGGCACCAUCAAGGCAGAGCUGGUGGUGAUUGAGGAUGCCGAGAGCAAGCCGGAGCCGGCACACAAGGACCACACACCGCCCAACGGCACCGCGCUGGAGCCGGCGGCUGCCCAGCCGCUGGGCGAGGAGGGUGCGGGCGGGCAGAAGCCGGGUGCCAACGCCACAGACGCCAAGGAGGCCGAGCAGGAGACAGAUGUGAAGAAGCAGCGCUGCAAGUGCUGCACGGUGAUGUGAGCCCCCGCCGAGCCCCCUCCACCCCGGCCCCUGCUCGCCAGGCCCGGCACUCCGGGCUUCCCCCCCACCGGACACAGACCCUCUUUCUGCAGAACCGGGGAGAUCCAACAUGGUGCCAAUGGGGCCGCAGCGGGCAGCAGCAGCGAGCGGCGGCCGUGGCAACGCUCGCCCCAUCUGCCCGAUGCCAGCCCUGUGCUGUCCCCCCACCAGCGCUGCCUGUGGUAUUUAUUAGUGACCCCCCUCGCCCCACAGUGCACCCACCCCACCACAGCCCGGCCUCAUCCCCACCUGCCACCGGCACCGGGGCCUUUCCCUCUGUCACCGACAUCGUCCCACCCGCCGCCGGAGGAUGGAGCCGCCGGGCAGGGGAUCGGAGGACGACACUGUGUCCGUAGAUGACUCCCCAGGAGCUGCCACCAGCGGGACCCACUCUUGGCCCAGCCCACAGCGGGCAUCGGACCCAGCCCUGUGCCAGCCCCUCCCUCUGUGCCUCCAUCAUCUACUUCUCCAGCAGGGAAAGGCCUGGGUCUGUUCCCUGCUGGCUGCCCAUGGACAUCUCUGCUCCAUUUCAUGUCCUCAUCCCUGCGGUCGUGGGCUCCCCAAGCCCUCAAGGGCAGAGUGUGUCCAGGCAAGGGAAGGGCACCGAGGGCAGUGUCCUCUCCCUCCCUGAUACUCGGCUGUGGUAAUGGCUAGGGUCAACCCAGCCUGUCCCCAGGCCUGCUCUGCUCCUCCUGGGCUGAGCUCCACAUGUUGGAGCCCCUCACUCUGGUGCUGGCAGUGACAGCCAUUCCUCUGUCUCGGCUGCUGGCUGGUGCCACUGGGCUCUGCCAGCCAAGGGGGCUGAACUGUGCUGUGGCCAGCGCUCGUGUCCUCCUGGGGCACUGCCAGCGAGGGAAGGGGAACUUGGGGGGGCCCAGCCUUGUUGGACAGGAAUGGGGUGGGGGUCCCAUGUUUCCUCGUGGCAGCAGGAGUGCGGCCCAGCACCCUGUCCCCUUCCUGCCUCUGCCACCCAGCAGCAGCAGCUUUGCAGAGCCACAUUCUGGGGUCCCUGGCCACAGCAUUGGUCCCCCAGGGGAGUGGGGCAGCCCAGUCUGUCCCAGUACUGGCACUGGGAGCUGCCAGACCCACUGGGGUCUGGUGUCCCACAGAGGGCACCCUCCCUGUGGCCCCACCUUGCACCCCAGCCCUUCAGUGGGGAUUUCACCACCAGCACCAGCGUUUUCUCCCCACUGAGACCAGCUGGGGCAGGCGGGGGGGCCCUGUGGUUUUUGGUCCCCAGCGCCCACAUCAGCUGCCCCUGAGCUGCAGCACCCAGGCUGGCAGUGCUCAGAUAUUGUCCAGGAGCUUUGGGCAGGGUGCAGCCACUAGUGAGGGAUCCUGAGUGUGAGAGGGUUCCUUCUUCUGUGAGGCUGGGCAAGUCCCCAGGGAUCCCCCAAAGCACCUGUGGAGCAGCAUCCACGCUGCCCAGCCCACUAGGACACCGGUGGUCGAGCAGCCAGGGAUGGGGCUCAGCUCCCCCAUGGAUUGGCCCUUCCUUCCCCCACAUUCCCCUUGUGUGAGCAGUGACACCCCCCUGUCCCCAUGACAUCCCAGUUGUCCCCCAGUUACCACCCAGGCUGCAGUUUUCCCCCCAGUAGAGUCAUUGCAGGGCUGAGGGGGCUCAUGGUGCCAUCCCUGUCCUGAGCCCCCCAGCCGGGCACCCACAGCGUCUGGGAGAGGCAGAGGCUGGGGAAGGGGGGCUUUGGGAGGGCACUGCCAGGGGAAGGGGGGGCCUCUCCUGCCCCAUGCACUGUUGGGCAUUGCUGGAGCCCCAUUGCUGCAGAGCAGGGCACGGGCUGGGUGCCACAGGGCAUCUGCCCCAUAGUCCUGGGGGAAAUGUCACCUCUUGCCACCCCACAUCAGGGGCCAACACCACUCACCCCAUCCCACCCUGGGCCCUGCAAUUCCCCCAGCCCCAAGCUGGGGCUCCCUCCCACCCUCGGCACCCCCUGCCCCUCGGUUGGCUUUGACCCUGAGCCCAAUCCGGCCUCUGGGGCGGUGGGGAGCAGGACCAGGCCCCCGGGCCGGGGCUGGGGUGUGAGAGGAGGGGGGGGUGGACCCGGCAUCGUCCCCAUCCCAUCCCACAGCCCCCCUGUGUCCUGCCCGGCUCUGCUGAAGUGCACUUCCCGUGCCCCCGAGCUUUUCACUUGUGCCGAAGCCGUUUGAAUUCCCUUCCCUUGCCCAUCCCUCCCCACCCCGUUGUUUGUAAAACACCCGAACUGAGCAAAUAAACUGUGUGAACAACCA